UGUUUACCUGGUGAUGCGAGUGUGUGUGCCUGUGUGUGUGUGCAGGUCAGGGUGGUGACCUGCCUUGUAAGGCAGGUUAUCCAGGGUUAUAUAUUGGAUCCCCAUUUGCUCUUCAUGUAGAUCUGCAGCGUCCCAUUCACCUGCCUUUGUUGACCACAGCUGCUGACACCUGAGAGUAGCCUCCAUCUGAGCAGAACAUGGGGGAUGCGGAGAUGGCCGUGUUUGGGGCAGCGGCUCCGUACCUGAGGAAGUCAGACAGGGAGCGCAUGGAGGCGUCAACACGCCCUUUUGACAUCAAGAAAGAAUGCUACGUUCCUGACCAAGUGGAAGAGUUUGUAAAAGCCACCAUAGUGAGCCGAGAUGGAGACAAAGUCACAGUGGACACGCAGCAUGGGAAGUCUGUGACCGUCAAAGAAUCGCAGAUUCUGCAACAGAAUCCUCCGAAAUUCGAUAAGAUUGAAGACAUGGCCAUGCUGACUUUCCUCCAUGAGCCUGCUGUGCUGUUCAACCUCAAAGAGCGUUACGCAGCAUGGAUGAUCUACACCUACUCUGGGCUUUUCUGUGUGACUGUCAACCCCUACAAGUGGCUGCCAGUCUACAACCAAGAGGUGGUCGUCGCCUACAGAGGAAAGAAGAGGAGUGAAGCUCCUCCUCACAUCUUCUCCAUCUCUGACAACGCCUACCAGUACAUGCUGGCAGAUCGAGAGAACCAGUCGAUUUUGAUCACCGGAGAAUCUGGUGCAGGAAAGACUGUCAACACCAAACGAGUCAUCCAGUACUUUGCAAGCAUUGCAGCUGGAGGUAUUCGUAAAGACCCGAACGCCAAAGAUAAGGGUACUCUGGAGGAUCAAAUCAUCCAGGCCAACCCUGCUCUGGAGGCUUUUGGCAACGCCAAGACCAUCAGGAAUGACAACUCCUCCAGAUUUGGUAAAUUCAUCAGGAUUCACUUCGAUACCAGGGGAAAGUUGGCCUCUGCCGACAUUGAAACAUACCUUCUGGAGAAGUCCCGGGUCAUCUUCCAGCUGAGGGCGGAGAGAGACUAUCACAUCUUCUACCAGAUUCUCUCAAAUAAGAAGCCUGAACUCUUGGAGAUGCUGUUGAUCACGAUGAAUCCCUACGACUAUGCCUUCAUCUCUCAGGGGGAAACCCAAGUGGCCUCUAUUGAUGAUGCAGAGGAGUUGAUGGCUACAGAUAGUGCAUUUGAUGUUUUGGGCUUCACACAAGAGGAAAAGAACUCUGUGUACAAGCUGACUGGUGCCAUCAUGCAUCAUGGCAACAUGAAGUUCAAACAGAAGCAGAGGGAGGAGCAGGCAGAGGCGGACGGCACCGAGGAUGCUGACAAAGUCGCGUAUCUGAUGGGCCUGAACUCUGCCGACCUCAUCAAAGGUCUCCUUCAUCCAAGAGUCAAAGUAGGAAACGAGUGGGUCACCAAGGGUCAAAAUGUUGCUCAGGUGACCUACGCUGUUGGGGCACUGUCCAAGUCAGUGUAUGAAAAGAUGUUCCUGUGGAUGGUAAUGAGAAUUAACCAGUCGCUGGAGACCAAACAACCCCGCCAGUACUUCAUUGGUGUACUGGACAUUGCUGGCUUUGAGAUCUUUGACUUCAACACCUUCGAGCAGCUGUGCAUCAACUUCACCAAUGAAAAACUGCAACAGUUUUUCAACCACCACAUGUUUGUGCUGGAGCAGGAAGAGUACAAGAAAGAGGGAAUUGAAUGGACCUUCAUAGAUUUUGGAAUGGACCUGCAGGCCUGUAUCGACUUGAUUGAAAAGCCCAUGGGCAUCAUGUCCAUCCUUGAAGAGGAGUGCAUGUUCCCAAAAGCCAGUGAUGCCACUUUCAAAGCAAAGCUCUACGACAACCAUCUGGGGAAAUCUGCAAAUUUCCAGAAGCCCAGAAUCGUGAAGGGAAAACCAGAGGCUCAUUUUGCCCUGAUGCAUUACGCUGGCACCGUUGAUUAUAACAUCAACAACUGGCUGGUGAAGAACAAGGAUCCUCUGAACGAGACGGUUGUUGGACUUUACCAGAAGUCUAAUCUGAAACUGCUGGCAGUUCUGUUUGCAAAUUACGCUGGAGCUGAUUCAGUGAUGUCCGAAGCAGCUGAGGGCAAAAAAGAAAAGAAGAGGAAGGGGUCAUCAUUUCAAACAGUCUCUGCCCUCCACAGGGAAAACCUGAACAAGCUGAUGACCAACUUGAGGUCAACUCACCCUCACUUUGUCCGCUGCAUCAUCCCCAAUGAGACCAAGACUCCCGGGGCCAUGGAGAACCCUCUGGUGAUGCACCAGCUGCGCUGCAACGGUGUGCUGGAAGGCAUCAGGAUCUGCAGGAAGGGCUUCCCAAACAGGAUCCUCUAUGGAGAUUUCAAACAGAGGUACCGCAUUCUGAAUCCUGCUGCGAUCCCUGAGGGUCAGUUUAUUGACAGUAGAAAGGGAGCUGAGAAACUUCUCGGGUCUCUGGAUAUCGAUCACAAUCAGUACAGGUUUGGACACACAAAGGUGUUCUUCAAAGCUGGACUGUUGGGUCUACUCGAGGAAAUGAGAGAUGAACGUCUCUCCAAAAUCAUCACCGGAAUUCAAGCGAGAUCACGAGGACUUUUGUCCCGUAUUGAGUAUCAGAAGAUGGUGGAGCGCAGAGACGCUUUACUUGUGAUCCAAUGGAAUGUGCGUUCUUUCAUGGGGGUCAAGAAUUGGCCCUGGAUGAAGCUUUUCUUUAAGAUCAAACCUCUGCUGCGGUCUGCUGAAGCAGAAAAGGAGAUGGCUAACAUGAAGGAAGAAUUCCUCAAGUUGAAAGAAUCAUAUGCAAAGUCUGAAGCUCGCAGGAAGGAACUAGAGGAGAAAAUGGUCUCGCUUCUCCAAGAGAAGAAUGACCUUCAGCUCCAAGUUCAAACGGAACAAGACAAUCUCUGUGACGCUGAGGAAAGAUGUGAAGGGCUGAUCAAAAACAAGAUCCAACUGGAGGCUAAAGCUAAAGAGCUAACAGAAAGACUGGAGGAUGAGGAGGAGAUGAAUGCUGAGUUGACAGCAAAGAAAAGAAAGCUGGAAGACGAGUGCUCUGAAUUGAAGAAGGACAUUGAUGAUUUAGAGUUAACCUUAGCAAAAGUGGAAAAAGAGAAGCAUGCCACUGAGAACAAGGUUAAAAACCUGACUGAAGAGAUGGCAGGUCUGGAUGAGAUCAUCGCCAAGCUGACUAAGGAGAAGAAAGCAUUACAGGAAGCCCACCAGCAAACACUGGAUGACCUGCAGAGUGAAGAAGACAAAGUCAACACUCUGACCAAGGCCAAGACCAAGCUGGAACAGCAAGUUGAUGAUCUUGAAGGUUCUCUGGAACAAGAAAAGAAGGUCCGAAUGGAUCUCGAGAGAGCAAAAAGGAAGCUGGAGGGUGACUUAAAGUUGACCCAAGAAACUGUCAUGGAUUUAGAAAAUGACAAACAGCAGUUGGAAGAACGCUUGAAAAAGAAAGACUUUGAGAUCAGCCAGCUGAAUGGCAAAAUUGAAGAUGAGCAAACAUUGAUCAUUCAACUUCAAAAGAAGCUGAAAGAGUUACAGGCCCGUGUUGAGGAGCUGGAGGAAGAGCUGGAGGCAGAGCGAGCUGCCCGAGCCAAAGUGGAGAAGCAGAGAGCUGACUUGGCAAGGGAGCUGGAAGAGAUCAGUGAGCGUCUGGAGGAGGCUGGCGGAGCAACAUCUGCUCAGAUUGAGAUGAACAAGAAGAGGGAGGCCGAGUUCCUGAAGCUGCGCAGAGACCUCGAAGAGGCCACUCUGCAGCACGAAGCCACCGCUGCGACACUGAGGAAGAAACAGGCCGACAGUGUGGCUGACCUCGGAGAGCAGAUCGAUAACCUGCAGAGAGUCAAGCAGAAACUGGAGAAGGAGAAGAGCGAGCUACGCCUGGAACUGGAUGAUGUGGUUUCCAGUUUGGAGCAAGUAGUCAAAGCAAAGACCAACUUAGAGAAAACCUGCAGAACAUUGGAGGAUCAAGCGAACGAAUACAGGAUGAAGUGUGAUGAAAAUCAAAGGACUCUCAAUGACUUCACCACUCAGAAAGCCAAGCUUCAAGCUGAGAAUGAUGAAUAUUCAAGACAGCUGGAGGAGAAGGAAUCUCUUGUAUCCCAGCUAACUAGGGGGAAGAAUUCAUACAACCAGCAGGUUGAGGAUCUUAAGAGACAACUAGAAGAAGAGAUCAAGGCCAAGAAUGCACUAGCACAUGCAGUGCAGUCGGCCCGUCAUGACUGUGACCUGCUCAGAGAGCAGUACGAGGAAGAACAAGAAGCCAAAAGUGAGCUGCAGCGUGGCAUGUCCAAGGCUAACUCUGAGGUGGCUCAGUGGAGGACUAAGUAUGAAACUGAUGCUAUCCAGAGGACCGAGGAACUGGAGGAAGCCAAAAAGAAGUUGGCCCUGCGUCUGCAGGAGGCUGAGGAGGCUGUCGAGGCAGUCAAUGCUAAAUGCUCUUCUCUGGAGAAGACCAAACACAGACUGCAGAAUGAGAUUGAAGAUCUCAUGGUCGAUGUGGAGAGAUCUAAUGCUGCUGCUGCUGCCCUGGACAAGAAGCAAAGAAACUUUGACAAGAUUCUGGCCGAGUGGAAGCAGAAGUAUGAGGAGUCUCAGUGUGAACUGGAGAGCUCCCAGAAGGAAUCCAGAUCUCUGAGCACAGAGCUCUUCAAACUUAAAAACUCAUAUGAAGAGUCUUUGGAACACCUGGAGACCAUGAAAAGAGAAAACAAAAACCUGCAAGAGGAGAUUUCUGACCUAACUGAGCAACUCAGUGAGGGAGGAAAGACUGUGUAUGAGUUGGAUAAGGCACGUAAGCUACUGGAGCAGGAGAAGGGUGAGAUUCAGUCUGCCCUUGAAGAAGCGGAGGGUUCCUUAGAACAUGAGGAAGGAAAGAUCCUGCGAGCUCAACUAGAGUUCAACCAAAUCAAGGCUGACAUGGAGCGCAAGAUCGCUGAGAAAGAUGAGGAGAUGGAGCAGAGCAAGAGGAACAUGCAGAGGACCAUUGAUACCCUGCAGAGCUCUCUUGAAGCCGAGUGUCGCAGCAGAAAUGAGGCCCUUCGUUUGAAGAAGAAGAUGGAAGGAGACCUGAAUGAGAUGGAGGUCCAGUUGAGCCAAGCCAACAGGCAGGCAGCUGAGGCCCAAAAGCAGCUCAAGUCUGUUCAUGCUCAUCUGAAGGAUUGCCAAAUUCAACUGGAUGAGUCUCAUCGCCUCAAUGAUGAUCUGAGGGAGAACACUGCAAUCGUUGAGAGGCGCAACAACCUGCUUCAGGCAGAGCUGGAGGAACUCAGAGCCGCUCUUGAGCAAACAGAGAGAACCCGAAAACUUGCUGAACAAGAGCUGCUGGAUGUUACUGAGAGAGUUCAGCUACUGCACUCACAGAACACCGGCCUGAUAAACCAGAAGAAGAAGCUGGAGGCUGAUGCAUCCCAGCUUCAGACUGAGGUUGAAGACGCAGUCCAGGAGUGUAGAAAUGCAGAGGAGAAGGCCAAAAAGGCCAUCACUGAUGCUGCCAUGAUGGCUGAGGAGCUGAAGAAAGAGCAGGACACCAGCGCUCACCUGGAGCGCAUGAAGAAGAACAUGGAGCAAACCAUCAAAGACCUGCAGCACCGUCUGGACGAAGCUGAGCAGAUCGCCAUGAAGGGAGGAAAGAAGCAGCUCCAGAAGCUUGAGGCCAGGGUGAGAGAGCUGGAAAACGAAGUAGAGGCGGAGCAGAAGAAAAACGGCGAAGCGGUGAAAGGAAUAAGGAAAUAUGAGCGCCGCAUCAAGGAGCUGACUUAUCAGACUGAUGAGGAUCGCAAAAAUGUUGCUCGACUUCAAGAUCUGGUGGACAAACUGCAGCUGAAGGUUAAAGCCUACAAGAGAUCAGCUGAGGAAGCUGAGGAGCAGUCCAACGCUCACCUUGGCAAGUUCCGCAAGCUGCAGCAUGAGCUGGAUGAAGCUGAAGAGCGUGCUGACAUCGCAGAGUCACAGGUCAACAAGCUCCGAGCCAAGAGCCGCGAUGUUGGUCCCAAGAAAGGGUUUGAUGAGGAGUAAGGUUUUCGGACUGCUCGGAAAACCUUUUGCCUGCUGUGUGAAGUAGAUCUAAAAUGUAGAAAUGUAGCAUAUAAUAAAGUCGAGCAUUAAGCUAAUUUGUUGUC